AUGCCCUCUUUAAGGGUACCGAUAGAAGGGGGCACUGUGGACCUGUCAGAGGUGAAGCACCAGGUGGCAAGUGAAGUGGAUGGCGAUUUCAAGCUGGAGGGCAUCGCCGUCGAGGACAGCCCCUGCAGCGAGCCCUCGUAUCAGCGCCUGUCCAGCACUGAUGUCCAGGUGCAGCCCGGCCAGCACCUCUACCUGAAGGCUAGGUACACAGGCCGCAACUGGCUGAUGAACGCCCUGUUUCCCUGA